UCUGGCUGUAUGGUGACAGAGGAAGGCUGUUGUUUUCUGGCUUCAGCUCUGAGUUUAAACCCCUCACACCUGAGAGAGCUGGAUCUGAGCUACAAUCACCCAGGACAAUCAUUAGUCAAGCUGCUCUCUGAUCCAUACUACAGACUGGACACACUCAAUCUGGAUCAUGGAGGAGAGAUCAGGAUUAAACCAGGACUAAAGAAAUAUGCAUGUGAUCUCACACUGGAUUUAAACACCGCACACACUCAACUUGCCCUGUAUGAGAUGAACAGAACAGUGGAAUUUGUGAGAGAGAAGCAGCCGUAUCCUGAUAAUCCCGACAGAUUUGAUAACUGUAAUCAGGUUCUGUGUAGAGAGAGUCUGUCUGGACGCUGUUACUGGGAGGCUGAAUGGUGUGGGAGGGCAGUUUCUGUAUCAGUGACAUAUAAAGGAAUCAGCAGGAAAGAAUGCAGUGAUGACUGCUGGUUUGGAUUCAAUGACAAGUCUUGGAGUCUAAACUGGUUUAUUGACAGAUUCUCUGCCCGUCACAAUAAUAAGUGCACAGAAAUAUCUGUCCCUUCACAUCACUCUAACAGAGUAGGAGUGUAUCUGAACUCGUCAGCUGGCAUUCUGUCCUUCUACAGCGUCUCUGACACACACACACGCACACACUUACACACAUUCACCAGCACAUUCACUGAACCCCUCUAUGCUGGAUUUACAGUUUUUUAUGAUUCUUCAGUGUCUCUGUGUGAGAUUAACCAUUAAAGACAGACAGUCACUCAAAGCUAAAAAUAACUUUUUUUAACUGCUAAUACAAUCUGAAUGCUUUAAAGAGUCAUUAGUAUGAGAUUCUCUUCUGUUCAGAGGUAUUUAUUUCAAAUAUGUCGUGUAACAGUCUCAGUUGGACAUUCAGCGGCUCCAUAGUUAAUGUGGUCAUAUUUUGAUCAGUAAUGGUUUAUCAAGUCUGUUCUUCUGAGCAAAACAGGAGUGACUGUUGAUGCUAAGAUACCCAGAUUGGUUCAUACUGUCAUCUACUCAGUAAAGGUAGGUUUUGGUUUUCUUUGGAAAUCUGAACAAAUGCAAUGUGAAAGUAGUAGUGUAGAUGCAUAUAAAACACAAAAUAACAGAUUUGCAUGACAGUACAUUCGGACAAAGCAUAGCAAAACAGAUAGGGUGCACGAAACCAAAAACAAGAAUGAAACAGCAGUACAUAUCAGAUAAAGCAAUGAAAUCAAGUAGCUAGGCAAUAUCCCAGUAGGAUACCUUUAAUUCAGAUGUCUGGUGCAGUGAGGAGGAGUACUGCCAAGGGAUCAGUCCAUCUGGUGGUUUUAUCAUGUAAAUAAAUAAGUUUAUACUUUGUGAGGAUCUGUUUAAUUGCACUCAGUAUAUUUAUCACUCAUUUUGUGUGUAAUUUAUAAAAAUCAUUUGGACUGUUUAUAUUUUUGUUUUGUUUAUAUUUUUGUUGUUUUUACUAUUUACUACCUUGAUUGUGUUUGUUGUUUAUGUUCAGAUUGAAAAUAUAUCUCUUAAAAAAGCCACUUUUGCUUCCGUGUUCUGUUAUUAUAUAAUAAUCUUUAUUAUAUUAUGAAACUUUACCCCCUGAAUGUUUUGGACACUUCUUGUCAGUAAAUAAAAUAGUUUUUCCACUGAAAAUGCCAAUAAUUAUAUUGUUAUAGCUUGCUAUAAAUUGCUUAUGGAAUUGUAGUUGUAGAAAUAAUUUCAUUCGGAAUUGUGUAACAUUUUAAAGUAUAACUAAAGAAGAAGAAGAAAAAUUGUUGCUAAUGUUUUUCUUAAAAUGUCUGUCAAAUUCAACCAUUUGUAAGAAAGCAAAUGUAAAAUUGGGACUUUAAAUCAAUUAACGUGAAACUUCAAGUUCUUAAUAUAUGGCAUCUGAUGCCGACUGCUAAAAUACAGUAAGUUUGAAAAACAAAGUACAGACAGGUCAUGUGCCCCAAACGUUCUUUUUGAAGGGUGAAACAG